AAUCCCGAUCAACGCAAUUAUUAACAUUUUUUAUCUAGUUUUAACUUCUUGCUGUGUAUGUGUUGUGAUUUGUGAAUAAGUAUUGAUUGAAACGUAUUACAAAAAUGGAACAAGAGUAUGUCAUCGAAAAAAGUAAAGGCAACAUUAAAAUUAUUACAUUAAACAGACCGCGCAUAAAAAAUGCCAUCGAUAAUGAAAUGUAUAUUCGAAUAACUAAAAUAUUAAAUGAUGCAGCCACUGACGAUAAAAUUUCAAUAGUUGUUUUAACUGGAACUGGUGAUUUUUAUAGCAGUGGUAAUAAUUUUAAUGCAAGCAACGAUACCCCUACUGACACCUUAUCAAAAAGCCUACGAGAAUUCAUAAAUGCUUUUAUAACAUUUCCAAAGAUAUUAAUUGCUAUCGUAAAUGGUCCAGCAAUAGGAAUAGCUGUGACGACUCUACCGUUAUGCGAUUUUGUGUUCGCUUCCGAAAAUGCAUAUUUUUAUACCCCAUUUACGAAAUUACGUCUUGUGGCUGAAGGUUGCUCUACGGUAACAUUUCCGAAGUUGAUGGGCGUGAGGAAGGCGAUGGAAAUGUUAAUCAUGAAUUAUAAAAUGACUGCUCAAGAAGCUUUAGAUUGCGGAUUGAUCAGUUAUCUUUAUAAGACUGAUGAAUUACACGUAAAGGCUUGGGAUAAAAUUACUGAAAUUUCAAAUCUAUCAUUAGAUUCAGUUUUAGCUACUAAAAGAUUAAUCAGAAAAAUCGACAUGGACAAGUUAUUAGAAACUAACAUUCUCGAAUUACAAGAACUUCAAAGAAUAGUGUUUUCUAAUCUUAAUAGUAAAUUAUGAAUUUUGUUAACAUUCGGUUGUGGUAUGGGCUAAUUUAAUUUACAUACAACUGUGGAUAAACAAUGGGCCACCCGAUGACCAAAAAUCUACGUUGAUGACUUAAAAAUAAUUGCAGCUUAUAACAUAUUAUUAAUAUACCAGAGAUAUAUUAUUAAUCACUUUGUAUAUUAUUGUAAAAAUAUCGAUACAUUUUUAUUUUAAGUUAAAAACGCUGUUUUAUUGUUGAAAUAAUUAUAAUAUUAUAUUUAUUUAUUGCUGGCUUCUGACAAAGAGUUGGCCAUCGACAAUGAGAUAACCUAGAUAAUAGGCUUAGAACACGUGUAAUUUACAAAAGAUAGGUUUUGGAUACAUAAUUAUAAUUUACAUUGCGUAAAGGAUACCUCAAGUCGAAAGUCUUCGACCAGUGUGUGUUGCCAGUGAUGACUUAUGGAUCAGAGACGUGGUCGCUCACAAUGGGCCUCAUAAGAAGGCUCAAGGUCACUCAAUGGGCAAUGGAGAGGGCUAUGCUCGGAGUUUCUCUGCGAGAUCGAAUCAGAAAUGAUGAAAUCCGCAGGCGAACCAAAGUAACCAACAUAGCCCGAAGAAUUGCUAAAUUGAAGUGGCAGUGGGCGGGACACAUUGCUCGUAGAACCGACGGCCGCUGGGGCAGAAAGGUUCUCGAGUGGCGACCACGAACCGGAAGACGCAGCGUGGGCAGGCCCCCUACAAGGUGGACCGACGAUUUAGAACGAGUCGCGGGAAGCCGUUGGAUGCGGGCAGUGCAAGAUCGGCCAACGUGGAAAUCCUUGGGGGAGGCCUUUGUCCAGCAGUGGACGUCUUUUGGCUGAUAUGAUGAUGAUGAUGAUGAUGAAAGGAUACCUAGGUAUAUGUGUCGGUUGAGAACUUGAAAUUCUGCCACAUGUCAUAAUUCGCAGUUGAGUAGCAUGGUCGAAAACUUCAAACAGUAACGAUAAGAAGUAAAUUCCAACAGUGAAAGAUUAACAAAUAACGGUGACAGUCAAUUUUUCAUUCAACUGUUUUAUAUUUAUCAUAAUUAUCCUAUACAUAUAAUACAACAGUUCCAGUAAGUGUUUCGGGCCAUAGUUUUUUGUAAAUUACUAAGAAUAUAAAGUAUAAUAACUGAGAGUAAAAAU